CAAACAGCAAUGUCGUUGAAGCGGGUUGGGAUCUCUGCGCCCUCCUUACCGGUUUGUCCUGAACUCGAUCCGGUUGAGAACCUCCGUCGGUCUUUGGAGGCUUCAACCUUCUCCCUUGCAUCCACUCUCACACCCGGUGUCGCACUCGCAGCGUCGGUAUCUGCAAAGGGAUCACUAGCAUUUGGGCUUCCCAAUGUUGGAAAAGCUGGAAGCGAAAGCGUUGGGGGGUCACAUUUCGGCUCCCGAGCUAUGACUUCGGAGAUUAGCUUGGAAAAUGAUGACAACGAGAACCUCCAAGAUACCGAGCAGUCUGGCCCGGUGGAGGUACCGGCUGAAAAGCUCUCAUACAAAGAGAGACUGCGGUUAAUUCCGUCUAGAAUACCUGGACGCCCUGCGCCCAAACUGAGAAAAAGUCGCUCUACAAAUCCAGCCCAGUCAAUCGAUCGCCUCCGCCAUACAGAAGCUAUUAUAGCGCUUUUGGAAAGAAAAAGGAACGAGUACAGAGAACAGCGUCGACAAGAGAUUAUGGAGCAUGCGGCAAGAUCAAAGAUCAGAAUGGAGAGACUCCUAGCGCGGAAAAAGGAUGAAGACAUCGCUCAAGAACGACAGAAGCUGCCUACGCGACUACCCACAAGCCCACAAACCUACAGAAACCUCGUGCCAUCAACAUGGACAUCAGCAGCUUGGUAUCGAGAGAUCGUCCAACAGAUGCAUCGAUCACAUCCGCAUCACCUUCGCCGGCUGCCAGCCGAUAGUGAGCAAACGUCUCUCGCUAACCGGAUACCGUCUCGCGAAGUUCUCUUUGGUCGGCUUUUAACUCCAGGGGCAAUGGCCUUCAGGGACCAUAAAACGGUCCAAACACCUCUGAUGCCAAUUACACCCAAGGUAUCGAAGCCAGUGCCAAAGCGGCCUAGUACACUCAAGAAGAAGAAAAGGACCUCAAAAAAGCGAAGAUCUCAAUUCAAUUUUGGUGCGAAACCAACUGGCCAAGCUCAGCUCAUAGCCCCGUUCCUUCCGAUUCCGCCCAUGCCGUCUCUCACCCGACCUAUUAAGCUCUCAGAGUCUUCUGAGCAGGUCUGGCAUGAAGACGAUGUCAAGCUCACCCAUGAUUCCAAGUAUCAACACAACCUUUAUCGCUUCACUAGAAUGGCAGAUAGCCUGAUCAGAAAUAAAGAGGUCUCCAAUCGGCUGCUAUCCGCCGAUUCUGAGCAAGACGAAGAGGUUGAUGAUAGUAGCGUGCUUGAUCCUGAGAUUAUGUGCGCAGAUGACAACCGAUCGGACAUUGCUGCUUAUGAUCUGGAUCGCGAGUAUGAUAUCAUUGUUAGAAGGGGUCUCAAAACAGCCGAUACGGACAAUAUUCAGAAAGAUGUACAGGAAGAAGGCAGCUCAGGAAUGGAGCGGGAGCAUAUUCAAGGAAUUACGAGAGCCAUUGUAUCCGCCUCGCGCCGCGGCAUGGUGGCUGUGGAAGAUUUUAUUGGCAAGGAUCGGCACAGUGGUGAUCGCGGCUCGAUUCGCGCCAAGGAAGUUGAUGCUAUGAAUGUCAGUAAUAAUAGUCCGGGAAUGAGAUUGGAUAGCGGUGAUCGUAAAAGUCUGGGUAAGCUUAAUGUAUUCGAACAAGAGAGACCUGUUACGGCCAUCAUCGAUGAACCGCGGCCGGAAGUACAUGAACAAGAUGCGCCGUCAGAAUCGGAAAAUCGUUCAGAGGAGGCUUCAAUGCACUCAUUGAGUGACAGUGACUCUCAGCCCUCUGAUGACGAGUUCAAAGAAGACAGAUCGGAAAGUGCCUCCACAGCAAGUACACCAGCGCCGUCCACGCCAUCGAUAUACAGCACCAGCAUGGAAUCGCAAGGGAUAACGUCGACACGCACCACAACCCCCAUGCUUUCAGCACGAUCAGCAUCUCUCACAUCAUCCACUCCGUCCAACAAAGCCAAAAGGCAGCUGACUCCGCUGACCCUGGAUAGUCUCAUAGAGACGCAGCACCUGAAGCUAGUUCAGCCUCUCUUGGUACCUCAAAGCCUGUGGCGGGUUCCAACAUAAAGUAGUUAUCCAGGGUAAUCGUAGGAUCAAAGAAGCAGAUGAAGUAAAGAGGACAGCUGUCUACAUUGAAUUGCCUAUAGGCAUGGCAGUAAAGAUAAUGGAACAUCAUCAUAAACAAGAAUGCUGGAAUGUUUGCGGUGUACACCAUUGUGCAUUUCACCGCCUUGCUGGCAUGUCCAUUUGUGUACGUUCAUACAUGGUCAAUAUCGAGAAAAAUAAAAUGGCAGAAUUAAAUAGCGA